AUUCCUUCCGUUUCUUUCAUCUAAUACCAACAAAUUUGAAUUCCCACAGACCUCAUUAAUUUGCUUUUUGCUACCCAACUCCAGCUUGCUCUUUAUAUUUUUUUUCUCAGUCAUGGCGUUUAGGGGUUCUCUCUUCAAGUUCUUAGUCGUAAUAACUCUAUAUGAUGCUUUCUUAACCGUUAAUUCUCAAGCAGAAACAACAGACCCAACAAAAAUGACUGCGGCGAUACUCGUAAGGGUUGACCAAUCGGGCAAAGGUGACUACACAAAAAUUCAAGACGCCAUUGAUGCUGUACCAUCAAACAACACGGAGCUGGUAUUUGUAUUGAUUAAGCCUGGAAUCUAUAAAGAAAAGGUUACGGUACCAGCAGACAAGCCCUUCAUAACUGUUAGUGGCACUAAGGUUGCCGAGACAAUAAUAACAUGGAACGACAGUGAGAACAUAUUCGAGUGCGCGACGUUCACAGUUUUGGCUUCUGAUUUUGUGGCCCGGUACCUCACCAUUCAGAAUACGUACGGGAAUGGUGCUCAAGCAGUGGCGCUGAGAGUUUCUGGAGAUAGAGCAGCAUUCAUUGGGUGCAGAAUUAUUUCUUACCAGGAUACUCUUCUCGAUGAUACCGGCAGGCACUACUAUUCCAAUUGUUAUAUAGAAGGAGCUACCGAUUUCAUUUGCGGAAAUGCUGCUUCUGUUUUUGAGAAAUGCCAUUUGCAUUCAGUUUCAGAAGGAGCUGGAGCAAUUACGGCACAACGGAGGGAAUCUCCAGCGGAGGACACGGGGUUCACAUUCUUAGGCUGCACAAUUACUGGUGUCAAAACGGCGGUACUUGGAAGGCCAUGGGGUCCGUAUUCCAGGGUUGUGUUUGCCUUCAGUUACAUUUCUAGCGCUAUCCUGCCCCAGGGCUGGGAUGACUGGGGAGACUCAUCCAAACAGAGUACUGUAUAUUAUGGACAAUACAAAUGCUAUGGACGGGGAGCAAUUACAUCUAAAAGAGUUGGAUGGGCACGAAGUCUUACAAGCCAAGAAGCUUCACCCUUCUUGACCAAGGACUUUAUUGGUGCCAAGGAUUGGAUUAGGCCCGCACCAACUAGUUUCAGGACUGCUUCAAAACCCAUUUCUCAUCAUUCCGAUGGAAAUAAUUAAAGUCAAUUCAUUUAUGUAUCAUAAUUAAUUGCCAUUUCGUUCGUAUUGCGUAAAUUUGUAUAUGGUCUCAUUCUUUAUGUGAAUAUUUGCCAUUUAAAUGAUUAUUUAUUUUCCUCACUGUGAUUUUGUGAGGAGUAUCGCACA